AUGGGUGGAUAUGGGACAGUCGAUAGUACUGCCAAGGUCAAACACCAGAACCAUGAUGAAGUUCAGGAAAUCAGGACUUCCGUAACCGACGAGCAGAAUUCCGAAUACACUGAUUGCGAUGAGGGUCUUGUUACGAUGAGAAGUCUAUGGUCAUUCUACACUAGCCAUGCGCUUUUUAUGUGGAACAACCGCAGCUACGAAUUCGCUUCGGUCCUAUUCACGGCUUCGGUAUAUCCUCACACGUUAAUAGCGGCUUCAAUCAGAGGACUUUCGUGUCAUCUGGCUUCACUACUCUUCUCGCCGGCUCUGGGCAGGUGGUGUAGUGCCUGUCAAUCCAGACUCAGACCGGUACAGACUUGCAUUAUUGUCCAACGAGUCAGCAUAAUGGCCGCUUCAGUGUGCUGGAUGUUUCUCUUUCCCAGGGUAGGUGCUUCCUUGGUCGAUCCAAAUCUGAAGAUGGUGGUAUUUGCUCUUCUCAUGAUCCUUGGCAUGAUCGAGCGACUCUCCGCCGUGGGCAACCUGGUAGUGGUGGAGCGAGAAUGGCUGCCCUUGAUGGCGGGAUCUCGACAACACGAGGGAGGAGAGGAGGAGACUUCAGUCCUUGCUCUGACGCAGGCAAUUUCGCUUGCGAUCGAGUUAUACUUGACUCAAAGCGUAUACUGGUCGACUCCAGCUCUUCAGGCCUCUAGGUCAGUAUUGGAAGUGGACCAAACACUGACACCAUGCAACGCAAUGAGUCUCAUCACUCUGAUCACGGGCCCUGCUCGUCGUUGGCUGCAUAGUUUCCAAGCCUACUAUACAAGUUCAACCUUUCUGCCGUCAGUGGCAUAUACUCUCGAACCAUUCUCGGUCCUUACUCUUGCCGGCAGUAUGAGCUCAUACCUGCUCAUCGCAAAUUUUCCUCUCUCACAGAUUACAGCUGCGCGGACUGCCAGCACAGUUGUCGAAAUCAGCUCAGCAGUGCUAACUCCGCUCCUGGUCACAUUGUUUGCCAGGAAGUCAUCAAAGCGACCAGAUCGAGCGACAGAGCGCGCUGACCCUCUUGCAGCUGUAGGCCUGCUUGGGCUUGGAUGGCAGGUGUUGUGUUUAGUGCCUGCUACCUCUGUAUUGAUGCUAGUCCCUGGCUUGCAGAACGCUUCGUCAGAGACAUCAUCGCUGCCAAAUCUGACUUUGGUGCUAUUUGCGAGUCCUGCCAUUUCUCGACUAGGACCAUACGCCUUCUCUUUGGUCGAGCAACAGAUCGUCCAGCUUCAUGUUUCCGAAAACGAUCGUCUGGAAUUCUCAGCUGUCGAAACGGCUCUCAUAGAUCUAUCGGAACUAUGCAGAUGGCUUGUACUCGGCAUUUUCGGCUCUCCCAGUCAGUUUCGCUGGGUUGCUGUUACAAGUUUCGCAAGCGUAGCAUUAAGCUUCGUGCUUUUCCUCAGAUGGACACGAAGACGGCAGAGCUAG